ACACUUUACUGAGUCUGUCUUGGCAUUUGCAAUGUACUGAUAUCCUGUACUUGUUUAUAAUCUCAUUCUAAUGUAUUGAGUAGAUAUUUUUAUUUGAAGCUAAAAUGGCAACAAAAAGGAAAAUGGUGCCACCACUAACAAUGUCACUUUAUCAUGAUUUGGAUAUUGGUUCGACUGCUGCUGAAAAGUCAGAAAAUACCACAAAUGCAAAUGAUAUCGGUGCGGAUUCCAGUUGUAACACGUCGAAAAGAUCCCGAAACGAGAGUGCAAAUUCCGAAGGGUCAAGCAAGACUGGUGAAGAUGACGGUGCUGGUAGGUGGACGAUUGCUUCAUUCUCUUAAAAGUCGGUAAACUGGUUAGCGUAUGUGGUUGGCGGAAAGGUGAACGUCAGGAUAUGCAAGAUGCACAUGUUCGAUUGGAUCAGUUCGGACUCACCACCAUCUGUAACAUUCAGCGAAGUGCUUUUUAUGCGAUUUUUGAUGGUCAUGCUGGACGUCGAGCUGCAGAUUUUGCUGCUGAACGUUUGCCAUCUAGAUUGAAGAGAAAAUUGGAUGCAUAUUCCGAUUUCGCUUCUUUGGAGAAAGGAAUAAAAAAGUGCUUCAUCGAUACAUAUAAGCAGAUCGAUGAACAAUUUCUGGUUGAGGCUCGUCGAACGAGACCUUCAUGGAAAGAUGGCACAACAGCGACCACAAUUCUGCUGAUUAACAAUAUUAUUUACUGUGCGAACAUCGGCGAUUCAAAGGCAGUAGUUUGUCGUAGUAAGUCAGGAACUGAAGAAAUAAAGGAUGUUGCGAUGCAGUUAACAGUGGAUCACUCUCCAUUGCAUUUCGAAGAACGGAUGCGAAUUCAGAAGGCAGGUGGUAAUGUCAAGGAUGGUCGUAUAAUGGGCAUUUUGGAAGUUUCCCGAUCGAUUGGGGAUGGUCAGUUCAAGGCAUAUGGACUCAUUUGUACACCUGAUGUUAAGAAAUUUUCUAUUACGAAGGAUGACGUAUUUGUCCUUAUUGCUUGUGAUGGUUUGUGGAAAACGUUCAGCAAUCAGCAGGCUGUAGAUUACGUUAUGACAAAAAUCAGGCAGUUAACAAAGCCUGGUGUUGAGCAAAAAUUAGAAACACGCGAAAUGAUUUGGCAGAAUGUUGCGGAUGACUUGGCUGCAGAAUCGGUAAAACGAGGGUGUGGCGAUAAUGUCUCCGUUAUUAUUGUGGCACUUAAUGAUUCACAGGAUGAUUUGAUUGUAAAGCAAAACAUUUCUUAAGGAUUUUUUUCUCACUAUUGAUUAUUAUAUUUUAG